UAGUCAUUUGUCAUGAGCAGCUUCCGUGUUUAAACAACAAGGUGCUUUUAAGUGGAAAACAUUGACUGAUAACUUGGAUAUUUGCUCGUUUUGAGGAUAUCUGUCAAGAUGACUUUAAUGGAAUUCUUCGGGUGUACAUUCAUUGCCUUUGGUCCCCCAUUGGCAAUGUUUGUAUUCACUAUUGCCAGAGAUCCCCUCAGAGUGAUUGUACUGAUAGCAGGAGCAUUCUUCUGGUUACUAGCACUGCUGAUAUCCUCCAUACUGUGGUAUGCUGUAGUUCCUCUCCAGAAUGAUCUGGCCUUUGGACUGGUUUUCUCAGUCAUUUUCCAAGAGCUGUUCAGGUUCCUCUUCUACAAACUUUUAAGGAGAGCUGAUGAAGGCCUACAGAAAGUUAGUCAGACAGCUCAAACUGAAAACGUCACUCCAAAAGACAUAUCCAAUAAACACAUUAUGGCCUAUGUGUCAGGUUUAGGGUUUGGCAUCAUGUGUGGGGCGUUCUCCCUGAUCAACGUGUUAGCAGACAUGGUGGGUCCAGGCACAAUUGGUAUCCAUGGAGAUUCUCACCUCUUCUUCCUCACAUCAGGUAAAUAUUUACUAACCUUUUACCCUUUUGAUGAUGUUCUUGUAUUUCAGUCUCUACUGAACGAGAGGACAAAGCACCGCCCAGAACCUCUCUACCUCGCCAGCACCGUGCCAGCUUACUUCAUUAUGAUCCUGAUGGCCGUUGUGGCCUUCUUCAUGGCUGGAGGAUCCCUCAAGAAUGUACAGAAUGCCUUCAAGUGCAGGAAAGGGCGAUAUGAAAUGGAGUGAAGGGUAAACAGAGUCCACAAAGCAUUGUAACGUCAUCAUGUGAGGUGAACUGUCUGAAACUAGCCUCUCCACCAUCACUAGACACCAUUACCCUUUUUGACAAGUUUAUUGUACACUAAGAACAUUUGUGUAUCUGUGGAAACACAUAGGCUAUGUUUACUUACAGAGGAUGUGUCUGUGAUGAUGCCCAGGAAUAUCGGUAGACUUGAACAUAUAUUAUUUCUUUUAAUUUCAGGUUUGAAAUUAUGAUUUUAGAUGGUGUUAUGAAAAAUCUUUGUGACAUUCUUAUAUUGUCAUCACUAAUAACUCGUGCUUUGAAAAAUCCAGAAACCACCUGAAGACCUCGAUAUUGUGUGGAGUGUGCACAGUUUGUCCACUUCGCUAAAUCUUCUAAUCCUGUGCAGAGUGGCAUUCAUUAGCCAAACCUGAAUCUUCUUGUCAUGGGUUAGAAUUUUAAGGUCAUCCUGUUUGUGAUCCUUGGUUUGCGUAGAUUGAUGCUCAUGCCAUUGGUCACUGGAUUGUCUGAUCCACACUUGAUUAUUUACAGAGCUGGAAUAUUGCAGAGUGUGGCGUGAAACUAAACUCACUCACUCACUGAGACCUUAAUCAGCCUGGUUCCAUUGUUCGUGGCUUUCAGAGAAAUAAUCAAUUCCGCAAUUUGACCUUGUUCCCAGCUUUAAUUCUCCCCCCUUAUGACUUAUGAUUGGAAAUACUGUUUACUGCGGUGUUAAACCAAUACAACCAAGAAUAGUUUGCUGUGCAUUAAAUUAUUACCUCCAUUGCAUUCAAACCAGUUACAACUCUGUGUCAGGAAGGUCUGACAUCAUUACUCAUUCAGUCUAAAGCUGUAGAGAACUCUUCGUCAUCUGAGAUUUCCACAGCUGGAUUUGACAAGGUGUUACUGUAUUUUUGUUCCACAAAAAAAGAGAUAUAUUUGUCUAAUCUUAUGUUCACAUCUUUACUCUUAUUGUAUAUAUUCCAUUUUAAUUAUGUUUUACACAACUGUUGUACAGAAUUGUAUAUUGUAUGUUGGUGAUUGUUUGUACAGUGCCUGGUAAUAUGUUCCUACAUUUACAUAGACAUGCUAGAUGUCACUUCAAGCCACUGCCAGAACUGACAGCAGGAUAAUCUAUCGUUGCCUGUAUUGUCAGCCUCCUAAUGGUAUGUAGCAGUAGGUUGUAAGUGACUUGACAAUAUUUGCUCAUUCAUUGUCAUGUCUUAUCCCCUUUUUGCUAGACAUUUUAAAAAUUUCAACCUGUAUCAGACCCUCUGUCAAGUUCUGUUCACUUGGUUUCUGCCAUCAUUAUCCCUAUGAGAUGAGUCUGUUUGACUUGGACAAUCUGCUUAUGAAGCCAAAUGCUAUGAGCAGUUUAUCGUCAACAAUAGAAAUCAAAUCUUUCCUCAUCUGGGAUGACCAGCUCUUGCUCUGUAGAUGUUGGAUUUCUUUCUUCCAUGGACAGGGGAGAUCAGUGCUGAACAGUGUGGGGUCACACACCAGGAUGACCACUGUUCUUGACAAGGUCAAGCCUGUAGUAACGUCUUGCUUGAUGUUAAUUUGGGGACAUGAUGGCUUCUGAGUAGGAACAGUGCAUGUGCUUGAUUGGGUAGACAUUUUGAAAACUCUCAUAUCUGAUCUUUAUGCUUUAUACAUUAGGGAUGGAUAUGCUCUCAACCAACACUCAGAUCAUGUGAUCAGAUUUAGGUGAAGGUGUAUCUGUUAAACAGUGCAAAUCAUUUUGUGUAGCAUUUUGCAUUGACAUGACACUUUUGUCAUCUAUUUCAUGAUUGUAUCUUCUUGAAAGGUUUGGAAGAAUGCCUUGUGUGAUCCACUGUAUUCUUACCGAUGUACCAGAUUACAUACUUCCUUAGUUAUGUUCUUUCCUGCAUUGCAUGCAAGGUUCUCUCCCUUACUUAGUUACAGGAUCUCCUAGUAAUCCCACAGUUACCCCAACUGUCAGCCGAGUGUUUGUCAGCAUGGAACACAGUGUGUAUUUUUUUUUUAGCCGAGUGGUACCAUCACCGAUCGGCAUCACUUUGAGUGUUUUCCCACAGUUAAUCAUUCACAGCAGCAGGAUGACUGACAUACUGUCUAAAUCUGCUGUGAAAUUCUACAACCCUGACCGACUUGUGUGUGAUGAGAAGAUGUUAUUUCAUGGACAUUUUCACUGUGUUAAUGUUAAUCAUAGAAAGACGUUGUCAAGGUGACAUGAAGUUUCAUCAAUGAGAAUGGGAUCAAUAUUUCCUGAAGUUUUACCAUGUCUGUCACAGAUAUGUUGGCCAUAAGCUAAAUCUAGUCAGUCUUAAUAUUUGGGUUUAUUUCAUAAUUGGGGAGACAUAUCAGAAUGACACAUAUUGUGUGUAGGGAACUUCUUGAAAUGGUGGGGAGAACAGUUACACAACAACGAUACUCAAGUUUUCAUUCAGUGUUUUGAAAAUACAGUUAUGACCAUGAUGAAUAUAAGCAGAAAGAACAAGUCUAGAAAUUGUUAUUAAACAUUUUUAUUUUUUGUGAAUACUUAUGUUGAUGAAGUGCUAAAGAAGGUAGGCAUCCAAGAUAUCUGCAUGGUAUGCCUUGUUAAUUUGACAAACAUAAACAUUGAGUGCAAGUAACUUGACCACUGUCAUACAGUAACAGCUAAGAGUAUCAAAACAUGUUUUUAAAGAAAUAGUUUUGCUUGAUAAACGUCUGGUGUAUACUUGCCAAUGCUUAUUCAGUCAUGACCAUUUUCUAAUAAUUAUGUUUGUAAUGUGAUAAAUAUUUUGUUUUAUGUAGUGAGAACAUGUUGACUGGAUAGUGUGAUACAUUCCAUAAGAAUGCUGUAUUGUAUUUUGUUAAUAACAUGAAUUUCUGACAAAAAUAAAGUGCUGUACAACUUA